AUGCAAUACAUACAAGCACCGUCUUAUACUGAAUGGACAGUACCAUUUGGUUAUGAACAAUUUUAUUGUAACAAUACGAAUCGUCAUCAUCAUCUUUCAUCAAAUGCAAGUAGUCUUACCGAUGGAAGUUCAGCAUAUGGUAGUUCAACUAGUUAUCUAUAUGAUAUUGUACCAUCAGCUACAGGCCCAAUAUCACCUGAAUUACAAACAAAUUAUGAAGUUUAUUAUGCAAAAAAGAAAAAACGUAGUAAUAAUCAAGUAAUUGAAGAUAAUAAUGGUUUAUAUAAAAAAGAAAAACGAAAUUUAAAUGAUGGUUUUGAUGAUGAAAAUCAUGAUUAUAUUGUACGACCAGGUGAAAUAUGGCUUGAACGAUAUACUAUCGAUUGUCUUAUUGGAAAAGGAAGUUUUGGACAAGUUGUUAAAGCAUUUGAUCAUAUUGAUGGUGAAUAUGUUGCUAUAAAGAUAAUUAAAAACAAACGACCAUUUCUUUCACAAGCACAAAUUGAAGUACGUCUUCUUGAAUUAAUGAAUCAACAUGAUAUUGAUAAUAAUGGUUAUAUUGUUAAAUUAAAACGAAAUUUUACAUUUCGUAAUCAUUUAUGUCUUGUUUUUGAAUUAUUGUCAUAUAAUUUAUAUGAUUUAUUACGCAAUACAAAUUUUCGUGGCGUAUCAUUAAAUUUAACACGUAAAUUUGCAUUACAAUUAUUAUCGGCAUUACUUUUUCUAUCCCAACCUGAGCUUAAUGUACUUCAUUGCGAUCUGAAACCUGAAAAUAUUCUUUUGGUUAAUCCAAAACGAUCAGCUAUUAAAAUUGUUGAUUUUGGUAGUUCAUGUCAAAUUGGUCAACGUCUUUAUCAAUAUAUUCAAAGUCGAUUUUAUCGUUCACCAGAAGUAUUACUUGGUAUUCCAUAUGAUAUGGCUAUUGACAUGUGGAGUCUUGGUUGUAUCCUUGUUGAAAUGCAUACAGGUGAACCAUUAUUUAGUGGUACAAAUGAAUAUGAUCAAAUGAUGAAAAUUGUUGAAGUACUUGGUAUGCCACCGAAUCAUAUACUUGAACAAGGGACAAAAACUAAACGAUUUUUUGAUCGUUUACCAGAUAAUACAUGGAUACCACGAAAAAGUAAAGAAAGAAGGUAUCGAGCACCAGGUACACGUAAAUUACAUGAUGUACUUGGCGUUGAUGUUGGUGGUCCUGGUGGUCGUCGUACUGGCGAACCUAAUCAUUCCGUAUUAGAUUAUAUGAAAUUUAAAGAACUUGUUCAACAAAUGCUUGAAUAUGAUCCAAAACGACGUAUAUUACCAUUUAAUGCAUUACAAGCAAGCUUUUUUAAACGAACAUAUGAUGAAACAUCAACUAUGAAUCAUCCAUCGUCAUCGACAACAAAUGUUUUAUUAACAAAUACAAAUAAUAAUGGUACAAAUAAUGUUAAUAGUUUAUUACAACAAAAUAAUUCUCUUAUUACAAAUCAUACAAAUAUUCCUUUAUCAUCGAAUCUCAAUUCGAAUGGUUCACCUAAUCUUGAUCCGAUGCAUAUUAAUUUACAUCAAGUAAAACCAGAAGCACGAAAAGUGAUAAAUACUACUAAUCAUUUAUAUAUAAAUGCUCUUCGUUAUCGUCAAGAUUCGUAUCGUCAUAUAAUUGAAACAGUUCCAUCAACAAAUCAACCAUCACGUGCAAAUCAGCAGUAUCCACCACCGAAUCUUUGGCAACCAAAUGAUUCAACAUCACAACAACAAAUAUUUAUGCCUGGAAUUCAAAGACCAUUUCCAGGUUUAGCUCCAUCAGUUCAACAACAAUCAUCAAAUUCAUCUAUAGCACAAUUAACAAAUGUUAAUCAAAUUGGUAUUCCAACAUCAUCAUCAUCUUAUUUAACUAAUUAUCCAAAUGUAAAUCAAACAAAUAAUACAACAUUUAAUGAUGAUCCAACAAAUAUAAAUCGUCAUUUUCCAAUUAUUGAUACUAAUUUAGCAUCAAUUGAUCUUAGUGUACCAACACAAUUUCAAACAACAAAUAAUUCAACGAACAGCUAUUAUCCUUCUCAGCGAAUUCAUACAUCACCGUCCGCAACAGCAUCAUUUCCACAAUUCUUUGGUUAUGUUCCACCUAGUUUUAAUCAUCAUCAUCAUUUAUCAUCGAAUGUUGACGAUGCUUCUUUGCUCAUUCAAAAUCCUAGUUUGACUUGA